AUGGCAGCAAAACUUUGGGGUUUAUAUGGAAAACUAUGGCAUGGUUAUGAGGUCAUUGGUAUGGAGCAGCUCCCCGAAGGACCAGGGUUGAUUAUUUUUUACCAUGGAGCUGUUGUUAUAGAUUUUCCCCUCUUUGCAACUAAACUCUAUGCAACAACUGGGAGAACAGUUCAUACUGUCCUUCAUUGGAUCUUUUUUUCAGUACCAGGUUUAAAAACGUGUUUUGAUGUAUCAGGUUGCAUAGAAGGCAAGCAAGCAGAGUGCGUUGAGAUUCUGAAGAAAGGCGAGUUAGUAGCAAUAGCCCCUGGUGGAGUGAGAGAAAUGAAUUUUAGUGAUGAAAACUACAAUCUGGAGUGGGGUACCCGUACGGGAUUUGCUCAAGUGGCUUUAAAAAGCAAAGUGCCAAUCAUCCCUAUGUUUACACAAAAUAUCCGCGAAGCAUACAGGACAGUUGGAAAGACAC